CACAUUGAACCGAGGCCAAACGUGUCAAUUACAGGUAGUGUCAGACAUGGUACAACGAGUGUCGCUUUGUUUUUCAAAGCCGCAGGGACCUGGGCCUACUUUAACUGCUCUGUUAUAUGCAAAUGUAGCUGCGAUUCAGAGGACGGAAAGAGGGAGGAACUAUGCAUAAGUCUACUGUACGUGUCAGCACUUGUGAUCAAUGGGACGCGGAAAGAGGCUGCUGAAGUUUACUUCGAUACUGUCUCCUGCUGAUAUAACUCAAGGUUUUACCUCUCCGCGGCAUCCCGUUUACGCUUACUUUUUCACCUUCCAGCGGAUAUCAGCGUAGGGGUUAAGGGUGACUCCCAACGGAACCCGGGCAGCCUCCUAUGCUCCUGAACCCAGGACAGCAGCCGACCACAGCCCCCCGAUACGGCACCAUGUCUGGGCCGGUCCAAGCCCUGCCCCCGGACCCACAGGAGGGAGACCCGCUGCGGCUUGACUUUUUCAGGAAGCUUGGGUUCUCCCCGAUGGAGGUCCAUGCCACACUGCGGAGGCUGGGCCCCAGCACCGACACCAACUCUGUCCUCGGGGAGCUGGUGGGGAACAAGAGCCACCAGCAGGCCGGGGGCUCCUCUUCCCCCAGCGUAGCCGAGGCAGACCAGAGGCCCGCCGCAGGGCAAAGGGACACGCUGGGGCCCGGGGGGCGUCCUGGUAGCAGGGCGGCAUUGGGGGGUUUCGUAUCAACCCCCUCUCCUCCCCCUCCUCCUCCCCCCUCAGCAGAGGAGGAGGGUGAAGAUGAGGACGAGCUGAAGGCCGUGGUCAUCGACGGCAGCAACGUCGCCAUGAGUCACGGAAAUAAGGAAGCGUUUUCCUGCCAGGGCAUCCUGUUAGCUGUCAACUAUUUCCUGCUCAGAGGACACACCGCCAUCACCGUGUUCGUCCCUUCGUGGCGCAAGGAGCAGCCUCGUCCCGACGCACAGAUUACAGACCAGUACAUUCUGACGGAGCUGGAGAAGAGGAAGAUCUUGGUGUUCACGCCGUCGCGCCGCGUCGGGGGGAAGCGGGUGGUGUGCUACGACGACCGCUUCAUCGUGAAGCUGGCGUACGAGCUGGGCGCCGUGAUCGUGUCCAACGACACCUACCAGGACCUGCAGGCGGAGCGGCCCGAAUGGAGGAAGUGCAUCGAGGAGUGCCUGCUCAUGUACUCCUUCGUCAACGAUAAGUUCAUGCCCCCUGAUGACCCUCUAGGGCGCCAUGGCCCGAGUCUGGAUAACUUCCUGAGGAAGAAGCCUCUGGUGUCUGAGCCCAACCGACCCCUCUGUCCUUAUGAUAAGAAGUGCACCUAUGGCUUAAAGUGUAAGUUCUACCAUCCGGAGCGGGCCAACCAGGCCUACAGCUCCCUGGCCGAUGAGCUGAGGGACAAGGCUCGCAUGUCCACUUCCAGACCCGAGAGGAAGUACCGGCCGCCACCCAGGGGGCCUCCCUUCACCCCGGGCCCGGCAGCCAACCCGGGCUCCCUGGACCUGGAGACGGAGCCCUGGCCGUCCCUGGUGCCCCGAGGCGCAGCCCAGCCUGCCAAGGUAACCGAGAACUUCCUGAUCUGCCAGGAAGGUGGCAGGACCACCCAGAACCACACCUCUGCGACUUGGGCCCAAAAGGACUGGCCAGGCCGCGCCUGUCCCUCCCACCACCCCACCAACUCGGGCCUGUCCCAGGACUCGGGCCUGGGCUCCUACGAAGGCCAGUUCUCAAGCGACGGCCACUCGCCGUGGUCCAGACCCGCGCAGCCCUCAGUGUAUCUGGAGGGGCCCGGCCCCCGCUCCAUGUGUGGGUGCUGCCCCCCCGCUGAGCCCUCCGCAGGACACUACCCCUGCUGUUCCUCCUCCUCUAUCUCCUCCGCUUCCAUUCCCAAAUACGACACCUUCCCGCCCCAUGCCUACCCUCCCAGCAUGCACCAGUACUACAGCCUGCCAGGGCCCCCCCGACAGAGCAGACAGCAGAACCACAACCAGCAGCAGCAGCAGCCUAAGUACUUGUCGAUGCCCCACGAGACCAGGGGACCCUGCAGUCCCUCAGGGCCCCGUGGGGGUCCCUCCCAGCCUGGGGGCCAAAGCUGUGCGUACCGGGAUCCCAUGUCUCAUCCAUGGGCACCAUCUCAGAUGGGUUCGCCAGCCUUUGACCCAGAUAGGCUUGAUCUCCGCAAGAAACUGCAAGCCAUCUUUAACCCCUAUCAGGUGGAUGCAGUGAUGGAGAUGUUCCCACACCUCACGGAUGCCCAGAAACUGGCAGCAGAGAUCCUGAGGCUCAAAGCUCAGGGACAGGUCUUCUGACUUCCUUCUCCAGAUCCACCUCCAAGAUCCAGGUGACCUGUGAUGACCUGUGACGACCGUCAGUUCAUCCAUCACGGCGACACGUAAUUUCAAUGGACCACAAAGGGCAAUUUAGCCAAAGUAUCCUAAUAUAUUUUUCUUACUGUAUUUUAUUGUGUGUUUGAUUGUGACACCAAAUCUGUGUUGGCGUGGCAUAACAUUUCAACCAAUAACAACACUGUUGGAGCAGUGUGUGUCCCCAAGAUUGCCAAUCAAAUCCACCCUCGAUUUUGCCCCGCCCUCACAUGCUAUCUUUAACCCUUAUGUCCACCCUGAAUGACAAUUCUUGGUGUGUUUAAGAGCUUUUUCUAGUUUUUCUACUCGCUCAAAAAAGUCUAAAUGCAACAUCUACGAAUGUUGUCUGUUUCAGUAUGUUGUGGUAAACUGCCUGUGUAUUUGUGUUUACAUGGGGGACGCGGAUGGAUCUGUUCAGGAUCUAGUUAUUGUUUAAUUGUAUGACACUUGAGUCAAGUUAUCCAUGUUUAGGAUGAGAUUGUGCUUCUGAACCGCCCGUGCGUUUGGAGAUUUGACUGUUGAUGCAUAUUGUGUCUUCUUGGCUGAUGUUUUUAUUACUGUUUAUUCCUCAAAUGAUGUAUAUGAUUUCUCUCUGUCCUCAUAUCGUACGUUGUCUGCUGUACACAUCUUUGUAUCAAAAUGUGACAUGUACACUUUGAUAGGAGGGUACAUAGACACAGCGUUUGUUGCAGGAUGAGGUUAAACAAGGAUUUGCAUUUUGGAGAGCAGGAUGGAAGUUUUGCUUGAGGGAGAUUUUUAAAGCGCUGUAUUGUGCUUCAAAACUUACUGCCAGAUCGAAUACUACACUUUGAAUCUUUUUUUUUUCUCGUGCCGUUCUAUUCUUCUUUUUGAAAUCUAUGUUUCACACAGAGACCAUGUCAAUAUCAAAGAUUUAUUAUAGAAUGUAACGAUUAUGUUAAGAUUAUUCGAUUUACUGAUCAAAAAUGGUUAUGAGGUGUUCCAGAGCCUUGGGAUUAGUAACCAUUGCAUCCACUGAAGACCAUCAUAAACAGAUUCCGUAUUUUUUUCCCCUCAGAUUCAAUCUAAUAAUAUUCUUGCUUAAUAAGUAUCGUUGAUUGGGCGAUCAAUAUUUUGAAGGGCCUCCCGUAGUUCUUGUCUCAAGAUCAGGAAUUAUCACUUUAUUCUUAUUAUUGGGAGUUAAAGUGAAAGUGUAUGCUUCAAGAGUUGAUAACUGAAAUAAUUAAAGAUUGUGGUCUAAAAUGUUUGUGUUGCUUUGAUUGGUGCCGUGAUUCUUUGGUUAGUUAGUUAUCUUUGGUUGCAUAGACUUCCAUUGUUGUUCAAAAGUUCAUUGCACAUCAUUUGCUUUGGUCAGGUUUAUGGUUAAAUUCAAAUGGGAAUGGGCUGUUGUCUAGAUUUCCUACAAGGAUGUUCUAGGUUGCGGGUAUGCAGGUUUUCUGGGAACACCUGCACGCAUCGGGCAUUGCCAUAAGGAAGUAUCUUGUAAUGAUUAACUUUAUCAACAAGGCAGUAAACCACUUCCUGAAACAAGCCCCACAACAAGUCAAUGUUUAAACCUGUCGGGAUGUAUUUGAAAUCGAAGCAUUCUACAGAAACUUUCAAAUAAAGUACACAAAUACAUGAGAGAAAAAAUGGCCAAUUGAAUUAACGUAAGAACAAACAAUGCAAGAAAACAUUCCUUCAUUACCUGCUUGCUUGUUAUUAACGUUAAAUCUGAACCAGAUAGUUUCUAUUGCAAACCCUCUCUUUCAUUCAAACACUACUAAUCGCACAUUUUCACAUUGAUUGACGCAACCAGGUACAGUAAUCACCAAGUCACACAACCAAACAAACAACCAAAUUAGACCAGUACAGACCAGAUCAAACAAGUAACGUCCAGAACAAACUGGUAACAAUCUGAUCAAACUGGUCACAACGGGAUCUGACUGGUUAAGAUCAGAUGAAACCAGUACAGACCAGAUGAGACCACCAUAUCAUGCCAGUACCAAACAGAUCAGACCAGAAAUACUAUGACCAGAUAAAACCAGUAUCCACCAGAUCCGAACCUCAACCCAGUAACAACUAGAUCAAACUGGCACCAACACGAUCAAACAAGUCCAUAGCAGAUCAAACCAUUACAGUCUCGCUGAAACCAUCCCGAGGAUAUCAGGUCCAGAGACAGCCAGAUCAGGUACAGUCUACUCCUCCAUGUGUCAAUUCUACUCCCAGGCCAUCAGGAGUUUGCUGAACGGCACAAAGGCACCGUAGCCUGGGUCGCUGGCCAGAGGAACAGAAAAAUAAAUCCAAAAUAUAUUCAGCAACGACUCACAAUUGAGGCACACAUUGCAAUUGAACAUACAAAAAAACACUGAAUUGAAAUGUAAUGUUCAAUCCAAAUAUUUAAAUUUGCAGCGUUAGAACCAGUGGUUAUUGUGGUUUAGAUGCAUUGUCCUCACUCUGCGUGUAUUUGCAUAGACACUUCCAAGUAAAAGUAUGCACGGCAUGUGUGUUUACUUAAUUCCAGGGCA